AUGGUGAAGGACUGCCUACAGUCACGAAUUACUUGUAGUAACUGUGGGAAGUUGAGGCAUGCUGCUAAUGUGUGCUGGGCCGCCAAGAGGGGUGAUAGUACUAGCACCGCACAGAGGCCAGAAUUAAGGGGAAGCACGGGGCAGAAGUCGAGCAUUCCUGGUAGAGUCUUUGCUAUAAGUGGGGCAGAGGCUUCACAAUUGCUUAAUGUGCUAUUUUACUCGGGUGCUACGUACUCUUUUGUGUCUGUGGACUGUGUGAAGAGUUUGAAUCUGUAUAUAACUGAACUACUGUGUAAUGUUGUGGUGACUACCCCUACGAGUAAUCUGGUUAUGAUGUCAUGGUAUGCCCCCCUUUCGUCAAGUGCCUUGCCCGGUUCACUAAGCUGUUGGCCUACCAAGCACUUGCCCGCUACUCCUGCUGCCCGCCAAGCAUGCGAAGCACUUGUUAUCCUUAUUGUUCUCUAUGUUGAGGCCUCCAUGGUUUCGAGCUGA